AGAUAUUCGAUUUAGCUAAGUUCAAUAAUCCAUUCGCAUUUUAAGCGACUGGUUGUGACUGUUUACGUACUUAGCGGAUAAUGUUCUCAAACACCUCUGAAUUAAUUCGUUAAUGUGAGAGUGAUAAUUUGUAUUUUAUUAAAUUCCAACUAGGUUUACCGCAGUACCUACUUACCUAAAAUGAAGCGCCUAAUACGGACUCUGUUCGUAGUCUCAAUCAUACCUCUCACAAUACUGCAGCCAGCUUCCUCGUGUUCCCGAAAUGCUACACAUUUUCAACAAGAACCAUCCACGCUACAUUCCUUCGGCUCACAGUUUUACGCGAGGGGGGAUAGUAAAUAUCAUGUGGACAAGACGGCGUUAUUAAAAAUUCUGUUUGAUGAAGAAUACAGUGGCGAGGAAGGCCCAGUCCUAAUAACCAUGCCAAAACGUUUUGGCAAAACAACCAAUUUAAAGAUGAUUGCAGCAUUUUCUGAAAUAGAAGUAGACAGCGAAACCGGCUUACCGAUUGCAGAAAAUCCAGAUAAAGUCACCAACACACCCAAUUACAAACUUUUCACUGGAAAGCACAAAUUUGGAGAAUUCGGAAUCUCUAAAGAUGUGGAAUUUAUGACGGAACAUUUUGGAAAGUAUCCUGUAAUUUACCUGGAUUUAAUAGCUUCUCCGGAUGUAAAGAAUGCCGAGGAUGUAGCGGAACAUUGCAAAUUGGCCUUGCACAAUGCCUACAGCCCACACGAAUAUCUUAUGCGUAGCCCCCGUCUAAACGAUCAAGAAAAACUGAUGGUUAAAUACUGGAGGAAUAUGGGUGAAUACCCACAAACUGAUACGCAUUCAGGUCGUGUUGAAUUUGGUCUGGCGAAUCUUAUAACCUAUUUAUAUCAGCAUUUCAGACGCCCAGUAGUUGUGUUGAUUGACGAAUUUGAUACACUCCUUCAAGGAGUUUUAAGAUCAAAUUUGAAGGAUGCUGGAGUAAUCACCUCUGUUCUCAACCCUUUCAUAAAUAUGUUAACGCGCGGUUUGAAAUCUCAGGCUAAGAAGCUGCAAUUAUCAGUAAUCACAGGGGUCACGUAUUAUGGAAGUGCGGGACUGAUUUCGGCCGUACCCCUGCGUCGUUAUCUUUUCGCCAGAAACGAUGACUUCUGGCCAUACUUUGGUUUUACUUCGACAGAAGUUGACCGCUUACUCGAAAUUUCACCCCUCAAUUCAACGAACUCUACAAGAGAAACUGUGGAUAACUAUUACAAAGGCUACCUAGCAGGUACAAAUAAUAACUGCAGCAUAUACGCGCCGAGGUCCAUAAGGAGGUUCUUGACUCAACAAAAAAUUGGCCGGUAUUGGAGUGAAGAAAGCAGCACUAUCAUGAAUUUUUGGAAAGCCUUACGUAUUUAUGAAAUAAGAAGGCACGUACACGAUCUUGUCGAUGGCAAAAGUAUUGUGAUAGAAAAUGUCAAAGUACUCCAAGUAAGCGACAUUCUCCUUUUGAAAGACAUCAUCGAAACAGAAUACAUGAAAUCUGUUGGCCCGUAUGAAGUAUCCUUAUUUUUUAAUUUCAUUCUCGAUCUGGGAUAUUUGAGAAUCCUUUCAACAAACUCAACUCAUUGUACUGUAGACAUACCUAAUGGCGAGAUUCAUGAAGAUAUAUUACAGUAUCUAACCAUUUACCGAAGUAACACGGAGGAAGAUGAGGAGAUAAAGCUUCAGAGGCAGUUUUUACAGGGUUUGACGCUAUUAAAAGUUGAGGAAUGCGAGAUCCAACUGCAAGAUAUGACGGACGCUUUGAACAACUUAUGCGCAAUAGUGAUGCCUCGAAUUCCCCGUUUUGAAGAAGAGGAUCUGAAGGAGAUCCUUAGAGAUAUUUUUCGUCGCGCAGGUAUCAACUGCUAUCGAGAAGUACGUACUGUGUCGCCUAUUCGGCCUAAAAACACAAAUAACCAGCCUAAUUAUGUGAAACUGGAUCUACUUCUUACCAAUCUGACUUCAGCCUACGUUUUCAUUGAAACGAAGUACGCCGGAAAUCCCGAAACGGCAUUGAAUCAAAUCAUUGAUUUAUAUUUGCCAUUAAAAAAUUCAUCCGAAUAUCCCAUGACCCAACCGUAUUACUUAAUGUUGGGCAUUAAUCUUUCGUCCCAAAAAACAAUUUCAGUCGCCGCCAGCUUCCGCUUUAGCAACGAUACUUCAAUCUUCAACAAGACUUUAAUACCAACAGCGCAUUAGAAAACGUCACCGCAGCUUUCAGGGUUACUUAUGAAGCGUCACUCUUUGCCUACACAAUGUUCCGUACUUAAACCAUUCAAUCUAGCUUCGUAGGUACUUACAUAUGGUACUUACUUACUUACUUACCCACUCAUUCAACUGUUCUUCAAAAUGGAACCUGAUUCCAUAGGUAAUAUCCGAGCUCGCAUUUGUUUCGAUAAAAACUAACAUAAUACCCGCAUGUACCAGAAUGUCGGUGAGUAUGUCUCUAUACCUACCUACCUAGUACCUACCUUCUAUGUACUACUUACGUAUGUAGUCUAUUUACGUGGUUGACUAAGCUGUCGUCGUUCAUUGCUUUUGGUUUUGAAGCGUACAACUAAGAUGUAAGAUCUUGCAAUAGGUAGGUAGGUAGGUAGGUACCUAUAUCUUUUUUUUCUGCGUUCCGCAGUCCCCAACCUGCUGGCGGGGUGGGGCAAGUUUAUUAGAGGAAUAUCACAUCAUAAUUUUUUACACAUUGGUUUUUAAAAUCAGAUGCACACAAAAAUAAUAAUAAACUGGACCUUAAGCAAAUAAACAAUUACAUCACAGUCGAUUCAUGCAUUUUUUUCAAGUGUUCAAAACUCAUAGAGAAAUUUGAAAUUUAAACAAGCAGCAAAAAUUAGUACAAAUGUGGACCCCCUCGGGAAACAGCUAAAAAUUGUAGCAAUAUUGCACAAAAAUACAUUUAACAUUUAACGAGAUGCUUUUCGCUGCUCUUUGGACUUUGUCUUCUUCUUUAGUAACACUUUUCUCGGCAUUCUAAAAAACACCGGAUCAAAAUAUUAGAUGAAAAAAGUUUUGGGGUACAAAAAAUCGGCUCGGUUUAUGAAAAAUGAAAAAACCAUGGUCACAUUUUCACCACUUUGGUGGACUUGUCUCCUCUGUUAAUAGGUAACACUUUCCUCAACAUUCUAAAGAGCAUUGAAUUCAAAAUAAGAACAAACAUUUCUCCGCUACACCCCCCCCCCCCCAUUCACUUAGGUAACAAGAAGUUCCGAAAAAUCGCCUAAAUUUUCAAAUUAUUGCAAUUCCAUGAAAAAUCAUUGAAUCCAGCAAAUUAGACUUUCAUUAUGUUCGUUUGGCGUUCUACUUUAACAAGGGCUUCAAACCCGUACCUGUAAGGGAAAGGUGCCCUAAUUCCGACCACCAUCAUAUCUCUGCCAAUAAUCGCUCGACUAUCCGGGAAAAAUUGUUUUCUUAAGGUGCACCGGGGGAAGUCAGAACGUUUUUUCACAAUUUCAACUUUGAUCAGCUGUUACUCUCGUACUAAUGAACCAAUAUGGCUGAAAUUUGGUACGUAGGUUCCCAUAAGGGUUUUUAACCUAUGGUAAAAAUUUCAGCGCGAUUGUCACAGUAGCUUUCGCACAAUCGAAUAAAAUGUAACUUGUUCUGACUUACCCCAAAGUGGGGUAAGUCAGAAAAUCUACAAAAUUAAUUGGUGAUUUUAGGAUUCGACCCUGAUCGAUGCUCAAUAUGUCGAAUAAUAUGUUUUCGAGGUCGUAGAAUCCGAAUCUGGAGUUAUUUUUUUUGUAGGAUUGGGGGGUGAGGCGUGGGGAGAGGGAAAAUUUCAGAAUCUUUCUACAUUAUCAUGUAAUAUGUCGAAUAGUAUGUUUUCGAGGUCGUAGAAUCCGAAUCUGGAGUUAUUUUUUCAGUAGGAGUGGGGGGUGAGGCAUGGGGAGAGGAAAAAUUUCAAAAUUUUCCUACAUUAUCAUGUGAUAUGUCGAGUAAUAUGUUUUCGAGGUCGUAGAAUCCGAAUCUGGAGUUAUUUUUUUUGUAGGGGUGGGAGGUGAGUCAAGGGGAGAUAGAGUAAAUUAGAAAUUUUGCCUAUAUUAAUGUGUAAUAUGUCGAUUGAUAUGUUUUUGAGGUCGUAUAAUUCGAAUCUGGGGUUAUUUUUUGCAGUGGUAGGAGGCGAGGCAAGGGGAGAGGAGAAAUUUCGAAUUUUGCCUAUAAUAUUGUGUAACAUGUUGAUUGAUAUGUGUUCAAGGUCGCAGAAUUCAAAUCUUGAGCUAGUUUUCAGGGUUGAGUGCUGUUCAAAUACAUUUGGGGAGAGGGGGGUUGUGGCCUACUGUGCCCCGUGCAAGUUGGAACAGUAAUGAAAUGAGCUAACUAAUGAUUAAGUAUUUGAAAUACCUUCCGCUCAAAAACACGGAUGUAUAUGAAAAUGGCGAUUUGUAGAAAUCUCCCCCUCCUGCCUAUUAUGGCAUUUUGGCUGUCAUUGUGGUAACUUCAGAAAAACAAUUCAUCUGACAAUUUAUUGUAGAGUACAAAAAUGUAUUUGUAAAAAAUUGAAAAACUCAUGUAAGGAGAAAAAAUAAUCAUCUUCUGAGAAAACAAAACAAAAAAUCCCCAAAACAUAGUAACACCACUCCAAAAUACACAUCUGAGAUCAUCCUGCAGAAAAGAACACAUGAUAUUGCCUGAUUGUAUAGCAUUUUUCUUUUCAAAACAUGAAACAUGUUCUGAAUUCUGAUUUUACAUAAAAAACUGUCAACUUUGAACAUCCGUGGUAUAAGAAAACAUUGAGAUAAAUAAAAACCCAAUUUGGAAUUUUUUACUUUCCUCAUUCUACCAAAAAACCAACUCCAGAUUCGAACUCUACAACCUUGAAAACAUCAAUCGACGUAUUACACCAUAAUAUAAGCAAAAUUUGAAAUCCCCCACCCAUACGAACCUACGACUCACCUUCUUCCACCUUCACCACAAAAAAUGACUCCGGAUUCAAAUUCUAGGACCUCAAAAACAUAAUUAUUAUUCGACAUAUUACACAAUCAUGUAGGAAAAAUUUGAAAUAUUCCCUCUCCCCCGCCUCAUCCCCCACUCCUACCAAAAAAAUAACUCUAAAUUGGGAUUCUACGACCUUGAAAACAUAUUAUUCGACAUAUUACACAAUAAUGUGUGAAAAAUUUGAAAUUUUCUUCUCCCCACGCCUCACCCCCCACUCCUACCAAAAAAUAACUCUAAAUUCGGAUUCUACGACCUUGAAAACAUAUUAUUCGACAUAUUACACAAUAAUGUGUGAAAAAUUUGAAAUGUUCUCCUCCCCACGCCUCACCUCCCACUCCUACCAAAAAAAUGACAAAUAACUCCAGAUUCGGAUUCUACGACCUCAAAAACAUAUCAAUCGACAUAUUACACAAUAAUGUAGGAAAAAUUUGGAAUUGCCCCCUCCCCACGCCUCACCCCCCACUCCAACAAAAAAAAUAACUUCAGAUUCGGAUUCUACGACCUCGAAAACAUAUCAUUCUAUGUAUUACAAAUCGAUGAAGUCGAAUCCUAGUUGUCAAUGUUCACUUUUCUGACUUACCCCAUAGCACUAAUUUAGGGGGUAAGUCAGAAAAAGCGAUAUAAAUAAUGAAUAAUUGAAAAUUUAAAAAAAUUGAAUACUUGGGGUUUUACAUUAUUGUUUUAGGAAUACUUUCACUUAUAAUAUCACUUUUACUGAUGAUUUCUUCUGAGGUAAAAAGCAGUUUGAAAAACAUUGGUUACAAUUUGAAAUCAAAUUCAAAACAGCAACUAAAAAAGAACCAAUCAAAAGCCUGUAAAAUGAAACUGGGUCGCGAAAUUUUUUAUGCUGUGAUGAAGUAGGGGUAGUACCCUCAAGUUACCCCUGGGUAGCGCUUCGGCAGAUAUAAGCCUCUAAGAGCUAGAGCAGUUUUUCUGACUUACCCCGAAUUCGGACUUCCCCCGGUGCACCUUAUGUAUUUUUCACAGACAAAGCGAUUAAGACCAAAAUCACUACCCAAAACCCAAAACUAGCAAAACUAUUUCCAAAAAACAAAAUUCAAAAAGUCAAAAUUAACUUUUCCAGCAACUUCAAUCGCCUGUUGCGUAAAUGUGUGAUUCUUCCUAAAAAAAAAAGCUCCGAUUAAUUUUAAAAGUUCAUAGCUUUAUGAAUAAAAGGUGAUAAUCAGGGGUGCUAACCGUAACCGCAAAAAACCGAAAACCGUAACCGAAACCCAAACAAGAACCAUCAUUUUAGCCAUUUUCAAACCCUAACUGAAAACAAAAACCGAAAUUUCAUAGGUUUUUUUAAAAACCGUAAAAAACCAUAACCUUAUUAAUGAAGCAGAGUGAGUGAAACUGAAACCUAAACCGAUAUAAUUUAUUUCGGUUUUUUUCGGUUUUCAGUUUGGGUUUUUUCAGUUUUUUCAAUUUUUUUUGGGGGAUUUUUUCACAUUUUUGACUUUUGUGACACGAAAUCCAGGGAAAUUGGUAAAUUUACUAAUUAGUAUUCUUGAAAAAUAUAUAGAUAUACUUUUUUUAGAAUUAUUAUGACAUGACUACAAUUUGUUUUCUGAGAUUAAAAAAUUUUGAAGAAAUUUUAAAAAAAAUAUGUAAAACCGAAAAAAACCGAAAACCGAAACUGAAACUGAAAUUUUUGUACAUAAGAUCAAAACUGAAACCAAAAACCGAAAUUUUGAAUUUCAAAACCAAAACCGAACCGAAAACCGAAAAAUUUCAAGGAAAAAUUGGAGUGAAACCGUAAUCGUAAUUAAAAUAAUUAAGGUUAGCACCCCUGGUGAUAAUUAAUUUUUGGAUAAAUUACAGGCAAGUUCGAUAAGUUUUCCAGCAAAUUUAAUUUUCAUAAUACUUACAUGCAAUGAAACGUCGGUAUAACACACUCAAUAAAUGUUGAGAAAUGCUAGAAUUACAACGAGUUCAAACUAGCAUUGAAAAAACCAUACCAAUACAGUUGAAUGUAUUUUUUCCCAACUUGUUUAUGUUUUUUAACGCGCAAUGAUUGGUGAAAAAAAAAUACCCAAGAGAAGGAAAAAAGCAACCAUACUUUUUUCUUCCCUGGUUGCUUUUCUCCUUCCCUAGGUAAGGAGAAAACUGAGAAAAGCAAUCAAGUAUUUUGUUAAUUAUGUACGUAAAUCGGUUUGUUUCAUUGCGUUUAUUAUGAAAAAUAUCUUACAAUGCAAGAAUCAAACUGGAAUUACAUAUUGAGUGCAUCUGAUUGCUGAAUGAGCAAAGCGAGUGAAGCAAAUGCACAAAAUAUGUAAUAAUUCCAGUUUGACUCUUGAAUAGUAAUAUACUAUUUAUGAAAAGUGAUUGUAACAGCUAACAGGUUUGGGUUUUAUUUGGCCAUACCGAUUACUAACGACAUUAUUCCAGGCCUUAGUAUAGGUACUAUAAGUAUAGGUAUACCUAAAAUAAGCCAGAUCUGUACAUAAUUUACACGUUAGAUACCUUACCUUAAGCAUGUACAUAAUUUUUGUUCAUUAUUAAAUAUCAAUUCGUAAUAAAUACGUAACUUAUAAUAUGUA